CGCCAAUUGACUCAGUCAUUCUAUCACACACAGCGACCACGUCAAGAUCAAACGAAUUUCCGCGUUCGGUGUUCGUAAACAAGAAGGCACGCUCUUAAACGUCGACCGGUGGAUCGUGACUAGAUAAAAUGGAUAUCAGGAUUCUGGUAUUUUUCUUAUGUGUCAGCGUGGCAGGAUCGUUCGCGGAUCUCCGUUCGCCGCUCUUCAGAUCACGCAGAAAUGGAUUGCAAGAACCCUAUAAACUACGCGUCAUGGAUUUCGACGGAGUGUUGAGGACGAAACGAGAAUCGGGCAGUCCGAGUACUACCAAGAGCACCGCUACGUCUGCUUCUACUUCGAAUCCUUCCACUCCGACUCUUCCCAGCACAGAUCCCAGAAGUACCUCGACGAAAGAACCAGAUUCGACGAUGGAAUUCACGUCAGAUCCUACGACCAGUUUCACACCUGAAUCGAGUUCAACAACCGGCGAUACGCCCAAACCAUCACCCACUUCGUCUAAGACAGAUCCCGCUACUCCUAGUCCAAGUACCAAACCCACGAUGCCUAACACCUAUACUACUGUUUCUAGUCCAAAUACCAAACCUACUUCACCUGUGACAGACUCCACGACUCCUAGUCUAACUACCAAUCCCACAACGCCUACGGCGGCCACCACGACUUCUAGUCCAAACACCAAACCCACAACGUCUAAAUCAAAAUCCCCGAGCUCUAAACAAACCAGCCCUCCCGCCUCCACCAAACCGACCGAAGCUGCGACUACACCGAAGAAACCAGAAAAUUCUGGAGGAUCGACUGGUCCGGCAUCGACGACCCCGUCGCCUGCAAUAGGUUCGCGCUUUGGUUCACCGGAAGACAAACCUGAAGACAAACCUGAAGACACCAACGGGAAGCCUAAGUCCCCGUCUGACCCGAACCAAUCGCCGAAGCAAGAAAAUCCCACGAAUCCUGAAUUACCUUUCUCCUUCCCUACGUUCUUCAUGCCACCCUUUGUCCCGAAUUAUUCGCCGUUCUCCCCUCGAUUUUCCCCCGAUGCCACUUUCAACACCAUACCGACUGCUGGUAAUAACAAUCCAUGGGCGGGACCAAACAACGCAGCCGGAGUUGCGUCGUCUUUCGCCUCCGCCGGUGCAUCGGCCGGGGCUUCUGAUAACUCGAAUCAUAACGCGCCAGUGAUUGAUUAUUACGGUGGAUAUCCCAACGACCCGAAUAUUGGCGUCGCGGCUCCUGAACCGAAUGUGCCCAACAUGCCGAACAUGAUUAACUCAGGGGGAUAUGGUAACUACGAAGGAGACACUCCAUUCUACGAUUUCGGCGCAUUCGCGUUCCCCGGUUACAAUUACGAUACUUUCCAAAAACAAAUGGAGGAAAAUUUUAGACAAAUGCAAGCUCAAUUGCAAAAGCAACAACAAUCGAUCUUUGAAGCAACUAAUCGCAUAGCCUCUGAUGGAGCCUCUUCCCCUGGAGCACACACCGCUUAUUCCAGCAUUAAUUUGGGUCCAGGAGGUGGUUACCAAACGGGUGCAAUCAAUCCAGCUGCACCAGGAAUACAAUCCAGAUUCGCCGAGGAGCUUCCUCCACCAUCUGGCAAUAAUUUUGGCGUAUUUUCCAGUUCUAUGUCGCACAGUCAGGUUGACCCGAGUGGAAAAACAGUCUCUCGCAAAGUUUCGACAACAGGUGUAAACGACAACGGGAAAAUCACUUUCCGAACAGUUCACGAUUAAACCGUACACCGUCGAUCUUUUCGGUUAAAUAUACACGUACUGCGAUAAAAUGAAACAGUCUUUGCCCCUCUUAAAAACCAAGCCAUCCUCUGUAAACUCAGGGUUAGAAGCAAGAUCUUGAAUCGUUCUACUUAUCAAAUACACUUACACGAUUGCCAGACCAAUACUCAAUGUAUUUAAGUGACACUCGACAUAUGAAACGGAUAGAGCUAUGCACGAUUAUUUACAAGUGGCUGUACGUCGUCUUAAACAACGAAAUCUGUGCCGAAGCGUACAUUAAAAAAGCUGUUAUGCGUAGACUUACAUUUCAUGGAUCAUAUUUUCGAGGGAAAAUAGAAUCGAGAAACUUCUUACCUUCUAUGAC